AUGACUCUUCUUGUCAUCGAUUUAUCCGGCACAUUGCCGAGGAGCGGUACGGGCGCUAUAGCCCAAGAAGGUCCUGUUCCAGCACAACGGGAUGGUCAGGCGGUGCCUGAGCCUGGCUCUAUUAUAGAUGACUACAUCCCUGAGUCUCCUUCAGUAGAUUUGGAUAUGUCAAUAGAGUCUCUUUCUACUCACUCCUCUGAUCUUUUCACCAUAGAGCAUAUCAAGACUUCAUUCGCAAUUUGCAAGAAGUGCAUCCAUCACAAAAUUAUUGAAGAGGAAUUAGAACAUUGUCCAGUGUGUGAUCUAGAUUUGGGACCUAAACCUCUCGAGAAAUUGAGGCAUGACGAAAGUAUGCAAUCAAUAAGAAACACAAUAUUUCCUCCAAGAAAAGAAAAUGUUGUUAAUAAGGCGGAUGAUGAUGUUGCCAAUGCUGAGAAGAAUGAGUUAUUAGGUGACCUUGGCAUAAUUUUGUUUGAAGAUCCUGAGAAUGAAAAAGAUGUGGCAUUAAAAGAUUUGCUAGAUACUUCAAAAGAACAUGUAGAAAAUAUCAAAGAGAGUUUGCUACCUUCUGAAAAGAGUCAUUGCAUGGAAAACAAAAAUGUUAAGGGUAAAAGUAUUUGUCUUGAUAAUGUGGAAGAAUACAAUACUGAUGAAAUUUUACAAAUAGAAGAUAAUAACAAUGGCUCUCAAGUGGAAAAAUCUAGACAGAAGAAAAAGAAGCACAAGAAAAAAACCAAAAACAUCGCUGAAAUUUACCAAAAACAUGAAACAAUUAUUAUUUCUGGAGAAUCAACUGAAUAUUUACCUUUAGCUUUGGAAGAUUUUGAUCAAGUUAACAUUUUAAGGGAUAAUUCUUCAUUUUGGAUAUGCUUAGAAGCUUCAGAAAAACAGUGAGAAAAUAAACAUAACUUUAUAUCUUAAAAUUUUAUUAUAUCCUCUAAUUGUGUUACUUAUUUUUAUCAAAUGUUAUUUUAGGAAAGGAGAUAUGCCACA